CAUAUUCAGCGAUGAAUUAACAAUGCGUUGCAAGAAAUAUGUUAGUUAAUUACAAGCUAUUUAGCUACGGAUUACCGAUUCCAAGCUUAAUUAGUUAGUGUAAGGUUUUUUUUUUUAUUGGGGUGGUCCAAACCACUUUUGUUCUUUCCUCAUCCAAUAAUGGGGUCUUUUUAUAUAAAUAGGACAAGCUACUCAUCAACUUUGAGACUCUCUUUACAACCAAACAAACACCAAAAACUAAAAAAUGUCGGGCAACUCAUCAAGCCCACUAGAGAUUGACACUUCAUUUUCACAAUCCAACUUCUUCUUCUUCCAAGAACAAUCACCAACAACACCAUGGAGUAGUAAUAAUGAUCUUUUCUUCAAUGAUCCAUUUGUUGAUGAUGAUCAAUAUUCACCAAUAAUUAUACCAUGUCACUAUGAAAAAGAUCAUCAUCAUGAUCAAGAUUUAGUUGUAGAAUCCUCAAACACUACAAUUACAUCAAAGGUAAGUAGCCAAAAUAGUCACCAUGAUCAAGAAGAGGUAACAUCCCAAGAGAAAAAACAAGAAGAUGAGCAAGAAGAAAAACAUUAUAUUGGAGUUCGAAAAAGACCAUGGGGUAAAUAUGCAGCAGAAAUUAGGGAUUCAACUCGUAACGGAAUUAGGGUUUGGCUAGGAACAUUUGAUACUGCUGAAGAAGCUGCUUUAGCUUAUGAUCAAGCUGCAUUAUCAAUGAGGGGUCCUUGGUCUCUACUCAAUUUUCCAAUUGAAAAAGUGAAAAAAUCACUUGAAAAAAUUGAGUAUUCUUGUAAAGAUGGAUUAUCUCCAGCUGCUGUUCUAAAAGCUACUCAUAAAACAAGAAGAGUAAAGCACAAGAGGAAAAGUAGAAAGAAGAAGAACAAUUUAGAAAAUGUUCUUGUUUUUGAGGACUUGGGAGUUGAGUUAUUAGAAGAGCUUCUAAUGACUCCAUCAUAGAAUUAAUUAUAUUGUCGUGUCAAAGUAUGAGUUAAGUUGUUGAGACCUUGUGGUUUCAUCCUUCCUCGGACCUCGCGUAUUAGGGGAGUUUUUGUGCUCCGAACUUCCCUUAGUUAUACAAAACACUGAAAGAAAGACGAUCAGGAUCACAUAAUGUACAAGUUUGUAAAACUGGCUCUCUUUUUUCUUUUUUUAUUUGAAGUCUUUAUUCUGUUUUUUUUUUUUUGUUUCUUUUAAGAAUUUAGAGUUUAGUUUCCAGAGGAGCUUUUAACGAAGGUGAAAAUAAUGUUUCAGACUUGUUCGUACAUAUAAAUUUGUCCUUUUAUUUGAAUUUUAUGACUUUCUUUGCUGUUGUUAUUAAUAAAUAAAAUAACAUACUGCUCACCAGGA